AUGCUGAUUCUUUUCUUGGUUUAUUUUUACCUUUCCAUUGUGUCCGGUGCAUUCAUCGCAACUGUCACUCUCAUUUUCUGCGGGUUGAGUUGGGGACAAUUGCCGCAUUUGUACCUGCGUUUAGUCAAGAACAUCCAACAACAUUUUCCCAAGCCUCUGUCAAUGCCACUGAAACGAUAUGAAUCAUCGACUACAAACAAUGAUCAGUCGGAAGACAUCAUUUCUCUUCCAAUGAAAACCGUUCAAAACGGAAUAAGUUCAAUAAUCGAAGACGAUUUCGGAACCGCUUUUGAGACAGCGAAGAUCAGAUAUGAGACGCUGUUGCGCUUCCGGCCGUCGAAAGACUGGAACAAAGUACAAUGUUCAUUGUUCUACCUUGGUCUUAUCUUCAGGAAAGGACAAAUGGUGGGAUUAAUCAAACAAUCAAAAUAUUUUAGGGUCUCAUUCCUCUUUCCUGUGCGAAUUUCUCUUCUGAUUUCAUCAUUUCUUUUUGUAUCGAUCGCUGCUGUAAUCUCAGCUUUCAAGACAUUAACAAAUGUUGAGAAGACGUGGGUGGCGAUCAUUUACUGUCGAUUGUUUUGUUGUGGAAUGGGACUUGUGGCGGUGUUCAGAAAUCCGGAAAAUCGGCCGAAGCGGCCAGGAGUGGCUGUCGCGAACCACCUGACACCAAAUGACAUCCAGAUUUUGUUCUCUGGAACACCUCACGGAAGCUCAUACGGAUUUGUAGUGACGGGUCAAAAACAUAAUGGAAUCAUUGGAGUCAUUGAGUAUCUUGUCGAGAAAUUAUGCCCAUCGUUAUGGCUGGAAAGAAAAAAUAGCAAUGAAAGGCAAUGCUUUCUGACAGAGGUUUUGAAUAUUGCAAAAGAAGAAGGACCAGUAUUGUUGUUCCCUGAAGGAUAUUGCUCUAAUAAUUGUCAGGUGCUUCAAUUUAGAAAAGCGAUUUUUGAAGAUGGUGUAAACAUCUACCCAAUUGCAAUCAAGCAAACUCCGGAGUUUGGAGAUGGCUUUUGGCAUGAGGACAAAUUCCACAUGUAUUUGUUCCGUGUGAUGACUAGUUGGGCUGUGGUUUAUGACGUUCAAUAUCUUGAAGUUCAACGAAGAAGGCCAGAUGAGGGAAAUGUUGAAUUUGCCCUUCGUGUGCAGCACAUGAUCGCAAAAGCCGCCGAUAUUCCCUGCACCAAAUAUGGAGGAAGUGUAUGGUACAACUUGCAAGAGAGGGAAAAACUGCGAAUCGCUUUACAAGCCGACAACGCGAAAACCCUUUUGGAUAAUGAGGAGCCGUUGAAAGUCGACGAAAUCCCAAAAGAGAAGGUGGUUUGGGACGCCGGAGAGAGCAUCGAGAAAAUUGAAAAUGGAUUCGAGAACACCUAUGACAAACUGAUUUCGGUGUACAGCUAG